AUGACCGAGACCACCAUCACCUCCACUACCACCACCACAGCAGCUGCCGCAGCAGCAGCAGGAGGCGGUCUGUGGACUCUCCUCGCAGCGCUCCCCAUCCCUCCCGCCCUUGCGGAGACUGGAGCGGAUGCAGACGCGGCGGCGGCAGCGGCGGCGGCGUUGGCGGACGCGUGCUCGCAGGAGCUGGGCGGGGCGGACCUGAACACGGUGAUCGCCGUGGCGUGCGUCGUGCAGCUCAUCGCGCUCAUCGGCGCAGGCGUCGGAGGCUGGGUGGCACGGGUGCGCAAGGCGGAGGUGGAGCGAAUCAACGCGCAGCUGCGCCAGAUCAACAUCAGCCUGCGCAAGCAGGCGCGCGUGGAGUCCUACGCGCCCUCCCUCUCCUACGCCCCCGUCGGCCAGCCCGCCGCCGCCGCCGCCGCUGCCGCUGCCGCUGCCGCCGCCGCUGCUGUCGCUGCUGCGAGCGCGCCAACAGAGGCAGUAAAGAAGGAAGGGGGGGCGGCAAUUUCAGAGGAGAAGCGGGCGGUGCUGCGGCUGUUGAAGGAGGGCAAGAGGUACCUGCGCGAGGGCAACAACGCGGCGGCGUUUGUGGAGUUUGAGAAGGGGCUGCAGCAGGCGCAGCGCAUGGGGGAUUGCCUGGAGGAGAAGAAGGCGGCGCGAGGGUGUGGGGCGUCGCUGCAGCGGCAGGGCAAGUAUCGGGAGGCGAUAGCAUACCACCAGAGGGUGCUGGACAAGUCGUGCAGCUCAGGCGAGCAUGCAGGGGACACAGAGGCCUAUGGCGCCAUUGCCGACUGUUACACUGAGAUUGGGGACCUUGAGAAUGCCGCCAAGUACUAUGACCGGUACAUUUCCCGGAUGGAGUCUGACGAUGAGGACCAUUAG